GUUCCUGCAGGGAUCGUUCGCUCUCAGAGGAGCAGAAACAGCCACACAAGACACAUUAGUUAAGAUCAACGUUUGACUCUCACAGCUCAGAAAUGGAACGAGUAUUGACCCUGUUCGUCGCUGCCUUGAUGGUUUACAUGGCACCGGGUAUCCAGGGAACAGAACAUUUGUCCUUCGCCAAUAAUACACAGGUGUCGAACUUCACUCGGCAAAGUUGUGGAGUCACCGAACUGUGUGUUGAGACGCCAGACGACUGUGAUCCUGCUGGAAACUCAAGCUGCCUGUUUGCAGCUAUCAAUGCCAGCAUCCCAAUGGCUCCCAAUGGCACCGAUCUGGCUAUCAAACUCAGCGGAGAGUCCAUGGGAUACAUCGGACUGGGACUCACCGUGAACUCUUCAGAGGGCAGCACCAUGCUUUUCAUCUGUGCUCAAAACAGCUCAAGCAAUGGGACGUUCUUCUUCCGCACAAUGCAGAGAAACAAUGUCAACACUACCGAUGCACUUACUCCAUCAGAGAGGACAGUGACAGAAAUCCGAGGCUGGGUGAAAGACAAAAUGAUCCGGUGUGAGUUCAACAUCCCGGAUGUUAACGCCACCAGCACCAGGUCCAGCCACGCUACCACCUUCACCAUCCUGCUCGGGACUGGAACCUUUGAUGGAAACACUCUCAGCCCCUUUAACGUCUCUCUGGACAGCGGCCCUCUGAACCUCCGCGACCCAACCAGCAAUGUUGUUACCACCACAAGUGGCAGGGCACCUACAUCAGCAGCGAACGCUGUGCUCCUCCUGCUGAGUGUCCUCUCAUUGUCCGUCAUGCUUUGAGCCUGAAAGAGAGUCAAGGUGGGGGAGGAAGUUGUGGCCAGAAGGAUCCAAUGAAGACAAUUAAUAAGCUGGAUUUAUGAAAGGAGAACCAACAAAUUGCAUAUAGUACAUAUAUAUAUUUUUAUUGAACUUGUUGAGAACUUAUGUUAAAAAGUUUUGCACUGUACCCUUUUGCACCUGAGAUGUACUCUGAACUGAGAAAAAGAAAAAAGAUGACGUUCAGAUACGCAUUUGCACUUCUUGGGUUUUUAGUGACUAAAUAAAUCCAGUUUUCUACAUCGAACUUUAGGAAGAUGGUCAAUAAAUUUACACAAACGAAGAGAAGUACUGUAAUUUUAGUUUUGUUGCUUGUGUGUGUGCAACAAACAACAUUAAAACCGCCCAUCUGGCACCGCAAGCAAUGUCUGCAAACGUUAAAUUACAGGCUUAACGAGUUUGAGCUGUUUUCCAGUACAUGUUGGCAUUUAACUUCCAACGGUUAACAGAUGACAACAGGAGAAAAUAAACAAACAUCAUUUAAGAGAAACCCAAACCAAGCCUGGAUUGUAGGAUUGUUUAAUGUUUUAAUAUUUACAUGUUAAUGUUAAUGUACUGUGAAUGUAAGAAUGUAAGAUAUGUGUGGAGGAUACAGGUGAAAAU